UUUUUUGUGAUGGAUUAAAUUUAAAAAAAAAUAAUUUUUAUCCCUUUAAAGACAAGACAGCAAUGUCAGCAGAAACACGUACCAACAACAAUAUCAUUUUCGUUAUUCCCCUAGUUUAUGUCCUUUUAAAUUUUCCUUAUAAUUUAAACAUUACUGUUAUCAACUUUUUUCAUUUACACAAGUUUGAUUGUUGGAUACCCAAUUUAACUUUUCUCAAUAUUUUUUACAUUAAUUAUGCAACUAAUUUUAUGUUGUAUACGAUAACGAGCUCCCAAUAUAGAGAAGUGUUUGUUCAAUUGUGGUUUGUACAUUUUGUAAAUUUAGUUUACAAUUGGUUUGUACAUUUGUACAAUUGUAUAAUACAUCGACAUUCCAACCCACAUAUUAAUAAUCAAUUUAAUAAUAUUAAAAAUGAGGAUAUAAGUGUUGGGACGAAAAAUUCAAAAUUGACAAUUGAUUGA